CCGCGGUGCCUCCCGCCAAGAGCAGGGCGGGUCUGAUUGGGCCGCGGGCGGAACUGACUGGGGACGGUGUGUUACCGCCUCUUUUGAGGGCAGUAGCCGAGGCGACCGAGGGGCGCUCCGCUGAGGUGCGUCCGAGAAGGGGGAUGGCCGAAGCAGGUGUUAACGCCGCUGCCGUCCCGACGCCGCCUGGCCAGGGCAGGCCUCGCGGGGAGCUGGGCGGCGGCACGCAGGCCUCGCAGCGGCUCCUGGCGUAUAGCGACGCGCUCCUCUCCAUCAUCGCCACCGUCAUGAUUUUGCCUGUGGCCCAUACAAAGAUACAUCCUGAUCAGAAAUUGGGUGAAAGCGCUCAGCAGCUCCUAGCCACCAAAAUUGCUGUUUAUCUGAUGACUUUUUUAAUAGUAACAGUUGCUUGGGCAGCUCAUGUCAGACUCUUUCAAGUGAUUGAACUUAUAGAUGACGUACUUGCCCUUCUAAAUUUGGCAUGUAUGAUGCUCAUUACUUUUUUGCCAUACACAUUCUCCUUAAUGGCUUCCUUUCCAGAUGUAUCAUUUGGCAUUUUCAUGUUCAGUAGCUGCAGUGUUAUAAUUGGCGCUAUCCAGGCAGUGAUCGUAGUGUAUGGCUUCCACCAUCCAUAUUUACUCAAUCACCAAAUACAGGAGUCUGAGAACCAGACAUUUUAUAAAUAUCAUAUCUUGAAGAUUAUACUAAGAGGACCAACCCUUAGUUUUUUUGCUGCCAUCUUCUCAUUUUUCUUCAUCCCAUUGUCUUACGUGUUUCUUGGGCUCGUUAUUUUUUUCCCACAUGUCAGCCACCUAACAAAAUGGAUUAAAAGCAAGGCUCUUGGUCAAGAAGAGGAAGUCCCUGUAGAGUCUUUUACUUCUUACAUCACGGAACCCCUUAGUAAGGAAAGAGUAGAAGCAUUCAGUGACGGAGUUUAUGCAAUUGUAGCAACCCUAUUAAUUCUGGAUAUAUGUGAAGAUAAUGUUCCUGACACUAAGGAGGUUAAAGAGAAAUACCAUGGUAAUCUCAUCAAUGCCUUGAGUGAAUAUGGUCCAAAUUUCCUUGCCUACUUUGGAUCUUUCGUAACUAUUGGCCUUCUCUGGUUUGUCCACCAUUCUCUCUUCCUUCACGUGAUGAAAGCAACGCGACUGAUGGGCCUCCUUAAUACCCUUUCAUUAGCUUUUAUUGGAGGUCUGCCACUUGCUUACCAGCUGACUAGUGAGUUUGCAGAGAAGUCUCACAAUGAAAUAGAAGCCAUCCAGGUUAGCUGUGUUACCAUUUUUUUUGCCAGCAUCUUUCAGUUUGGCAUCUGGACUGCUGCCCUAUUCCAUGAAAGAGAAACAUUGCAUCCUUUUGCACGAUACGGUGGCAAAGAACAUGCCUUUAUGUUUGCCAAGCUUGCUCUCUACCCUUGUGUGAGCCUUGCAGCCUUCUUCCUAACGUGUAUUGUAAGUGAACUGAGUACAGCAAUCUUUCAUCUCAUGCAGAUCAUUGUCCCAUUUGCCUUCCUAGUGUUGCGCAUCUUUGUCAGAAUUUGUUUGCUGGUGUUGGGGUUCAUAAUGUCUCUGUUCAGGCCAAGGGACAAUGUAUUAGAAGAAGAGGAAGCAUGUUUGUCUCCUACUGAAACCUUGUCAUAGCUUUUUCUCUACAGUAGGGCCCCGCUCAUACAGCAGGUUCCGUUCCAAACCGCCACCAUAAAGUGAAAUCUGCCGUAAAGCGGAACGCAUUGACAACAUUGUCUAAAAUAGCGCCCAAUGCCCAAAAAAUGCCGUAAAAGUGGAACAAGCACCGUAGGAGUGGGGCCUUUCUGCAAUCGACAACCGCUGUGUAGGUGGAACGCUGCAGAGCGCUGCAAAGUGGGGCCCUACUGUACUUUACUGGGAAAACUAUGGUAUUGCUAUGACUUGAACAUGUCUGCAUAUAUUCAACAUGUAACCAAUAUAGGGCUUUUGUUCAUAAAACAUAGAUGCUCCAAAUAUAAAGAUUUUAGAUGCAAACCCAGAGAUGGAGUCAUCAGAGGUCCACUCCCCAUGUUUUGCUUGCAGACUGGCAUUUUGGUCAGUGAGUAGGGAUAUGGCUCUAUCAACAGAGCUUUUUUGAUGUAAUGGAGGAAGAGCAAGAAGAAUGAAGGAGCAUUCUGGCAUCAGCUCUGUUUUUGAGGCACUGAGUAAGAGAAAGAACCGUAGCUUAGUGGUAGAACACACACUUGCCAUGCAAGAGGUCCCAGGUACGCUCCAUAUCUCCUGGUAGAGCUGUGAAUGUUCCUGUCUGAAACCGUGGAGAGCUGCUUCUAGUCAAUGCUGACAAUGGCCUGACAUAGCAUAAGGCAGUUUUCCUAAGUUCCUAAAGUUAGUGGGCAUAGCCUGAAAAGGUGAUAAGGUAAUAUGAGUAUUCAUGUUAACAUUCAUGUUAUCGGGGGGCAUUAUUUGAAUUUGUCACAUAUUCCAGGGUGUGCUUGUUGUAGAAAAUCAACAUCUGCUUCCUGGAAUACAUGUUUGGAUGUAUUUGGUCUGAAAUAGAAAUGAAAACUACUAUGUAUAGUGUUGGGGAACUGACUUGUGAAUCCAUAAAACAAGUUGCUGUAAAUGGUUUUUCUAGAGCUGGAAAAAUUGAAAGAAAACAUUACUCAGGAAUCUAAGUGUCUAGGAAUGUAAAGAUUUAACAUCACCUUUGCAAGGCUCAUCCUGUUUCUUGCAGAAAGUUGAGGCUGGUACAUGUGGAUGUUAAAUCUUUUUCCAGCUCUGGCUUCAUGUCUCUUUUCUUCAAUGUGAUACUUCCAGUAUAAAGUCAUUUGGGCCUUGGCUAAUCCACAAGGCUGCCUAUUUAUCUUGGAUAUUGCCACUAGUCUGAAGCAAGAACUUUCUGUACCUAAUGUUUGAUGUAAAUUCUCCAUGAAAUGCUCAGCAUUAUGCCACUCAGAAAAACAGCAGAACUGCUUCUUGAAAUGCACUAAAUAGGCUACUAAAUAGCUUCUGUGCUUUUUCCUUCAUUGCACUUUACUAUGGAUGUAAAAUAGUAUUUUUGUUUUGAGUGGCUUAUGACGCUCAGUAGCCUGUACUUGACUGAUCAUUGUAUACUUGCUUUGGAGCCUUGCACUAUAUUGUAUGUUGAAAUUCAGCCUGUAAUCUGAGAGAUGGUCCUUUAGUGAUGCUCUUUGGUCCCUUAUUUUAUACAUUUCUUAAUUUAAAAAUGAGUUGAAUAUUUUUGAUUAAAUAAAAUGCUGUGUUUAC